AAAUACACAGUUUCUCUCCUAUUUUUCUCUCUUUCUCUAUCUUCUUCUUUGCCAUAUAUUUAUCACUAACGAUAAGUAAUAAUGGCUGAUAAUAAGGUGGUCCUGUUGGAUGCCUUGCCUAGUUUGUUUGGGAUGAGGGUGAGAAUAUCACUGGCUGAGAAGGGCAUUAAAUAUGAAUACAAGGAACAGGACUUGAGGAACAAGAGCUCACUGCUUCUUGAGAUGAACCCGGUUCACAAGAAAAUCCCGAUUUUGAUUCACAAUGGAAAACCGGUUUGUGAGUCCCUCAUCAUCGUCGAGUACAUCAAUGAGGUCUGGAAUGAGACAGCUCCAUUGUUGCCCUCUGAUCCUUACCAGAAAGCUCAAGCUAGGUUCUGGGCUGACUAUGUUGACAAAAAGGUGUAUGUUAUGGGGAGGAAGAUACUAGAUUCAAAUGUAGACGAAGAGAAAGAGGAAGGCAAAAAAGGAUUCAUAGAAUGUCUCAAGGUAUUAGAGGGAGAGCUUGGUGAUAAGCCAUACUUUGGAGGUGAAACCUUUGGCUUUGUAGACAUUGCUCUUGUCACCUUAUACUGCUGGUCCUAUGAGACCCUUGGCAACUUCAGUCUAGAGGUAUUGUGCCCCAAGCUAUUUUCAUGGGGCAAGAGGUGCAUUGAGAAAAAUGAAAGUGUUUCCAAGACUCUUCCUCACCAACACAAGAUCUAUGACUUUGUUUUGGGUUUGAACAAGAAGCCAAAAGCAAGAACAUGAGCUUGUUAAUAUUAUCAUAUCGGUAAAACAAAAUAAGUUGGAUCUAGGACCCCCAGUUUGUUUCAAGGCACUUUUCUAUUACAAUGGAUAUCUUUGGUUUGACCUCAUAUGGUGGAGAGGGGUCUUAGAAUAAGGUACUGUGAGAUUCGAAUAGAAAAUUUCCAACUUUCUUAUGGUUAUACUGCGUGUAAUUCUUCUCUUUCUUUUCUUUUUUUUUUCUAUGGUUGUUUGUGUUUGUGUUUGUUGUCUCUUUAAUUGUAAUAAAGAAACACUUCCUUGUGUUUGUGGCAUGUUAGGGACAAAUAUGACCCAAAAAAAGGGCUUGUAUGUUGGAAA